UCGUUCUUCCUAUCGGCACUUCUGCGUCAGUUAUUUCAGUGGCGAUGACGCGAUGAACCCGACGUACGGCCAAGCAGCAGCCAUGGCGACGCAUGCCGGUAUUCCCACCUCCCAAGCACAUCAAGUGUGCUUCGAAGCUUUCUUCGACGCCCAUGAUAUCGUCGAUCCAAAUCGAGUCGCGCUCGUUUCCGGCCUCGGUACCAAGACUGUAACUCUGCUUGGCGGGCCGCUGUGCGGAUUGCAAGAUUCGGGAUUUGACGUACUACGAAGCAGCAGUUAGCAAACUGGCCAAGUACUCUGCGCCGGAAGGCAUCGAGAUAGCACAGUCUUAUCGGGGCUUUUCACGGGGAAUCAAGGGCUGACGAGUCGACGAGCGAUUUUAUUGUCGAACAUACGGAAGAUGGCUGGCAGGUGCGAUUUCGUGCAGACACGAGGCGGAAUACUACGCGACAGGCUUGUCUGCAGCGUUCGCGACGUUGGGACGUGUUGGGAAACUGCUAGCGAAGUCCAUGCUCACGCUGAAAGAAGCGGAAGAUGCGGUGCCAGCCGCUGAGAUGGCGGAACUCAACGCACAAGAUAUGAGAGAUGGGACAAGCUGCGAGAACGUCUGCGCAUUACGUGCGAGCAAGACCGACAGAAGUUUUCAGAAGACGGCAGCAAGAUAGGAGGACACAGUCAAGCAUGGUCAAGCGAUAUAGGCACCAGACAGGCUGGCUUUGCUGCGUUAGCGACUUUCGCAAGACCGCCAAAUGCUGCUUCCGCCGCGCUAAGUGUUUCUGUUAUCGGAAAGGGCGGCACCUGGCUAUAAUGUGCGAAUCGAAGCCGCUUCGAGAAAACGUAGCCCACUGCGAACAAUCCACCUCAGGCAGUGGAGAGUACGGAAAGUUAUGGUUACACCGGCGAGAAUGGUCGGCAGGCCUGGUUGAGCCGAUGUGGCGAACGUCACAGCUGAAGGAAGUGUCACGCGAUAUGCAAGUUAAUCUGGGGUGGAAAGGUGUCAUUACUAACGUGGCCAACUUACUCUCAGCCCCGUCGCCAUUGGCCGGGGCUCGAGAAGUCGUCGUUCCAGACGUGUUGUUUCCUCGGUGAAGUACUGUAGUGACAGUUGAGAAUUGUCGUCACCUACCCUGGUCAGACCAUCAAGGCGACGCUGCUGGUGCUCGGCUGCUCCGGACCAAGCCUCUGCGUUGCGGAUCCUUUAAUCAUUCCAGUUGGCCGGGAGCCCAGUCCUCAACGAGGACGUCAACGACGGUCCCUUUGACCCAAACAAGCCAUUGCCAGACGAGACGGGCUACCUUUACCAGCCCGCGUCACCCCGAACGUGGCUACUGUACUACCACUACCCUCCGUUCCACCCCGACUACUACCAGCCGCCACCUCCACCACCUCCUCCUCCUGCCGGGGUUGUAUUUGUUGCGUUUGACUACCCUCGUCACGAACUAGAUCGACCGGUCAAGGAUGAAGGUGAAUGAGGGCGCCGACCGAAAGCAGGACAGUGCCUGGUGCCGUGAUGUUCCCUGGAGGGCGUUGGCCACGUGUACCGUGGCCGUCGUGUUUCUCAUAGCCGUUUUGGCAGCGUACUUCGCUGGUCGCUCCUAUUCGAGCACCCAGAGACUCGGGCGCAACUCGUCCUGCAACAGUGCCGGCUGCCAGCUGCUGUGGAGUGAGGUCAUCAGCCGUCUGGACAUGAGAGUUGACCCUUGCGACGACAUCGAGGCCCACGUGUGCGGUCCUGUCUGGUGGAAGAGUGAUCUGGUCACCGACACGGCCACCGAGAUGAUGCGAGUUUGGAUGGCGCGAGGCGCCUUGCACCUCGAGUCCAAGAGGAGGCCCGAAGCGGCGUUCUCCUUGUACAAGGCGUGCAUGGCUCCGUCCGGGGAGAGCGUGGAAGAGCUGAAGGCGUUCAUGAGAGAGCGGGGUCUGCUGUGGCCCCAGUACGGCGUGCUGAAGCGCCGAGCGCCCUACGUGCUGUUCGACCUGCUCAUCAACUGGGGCGUCCCCUUCUGGUUCGAGCUGAGUCUACGUCGGCUGCCAAACAACACGAGGCACUCCCCAUUUUGA